CCUCGGUGCCCCCUGUGCUUUAGUGAUAACCGGAAGUGUCUGCACGAGCCAAAAGACCCCGAGUCUUUCCAACACCCAAAGAAACGUGUGCUGAGUAGACAGACAAGCACUUUAAAGGGAGGAACGUAGGAGAAGAUGCCGAGUCUAGCGGUGGUGGUGACCACCCGGACCUGGGAUUGGGGUGGGGAGUGGUGUUGCAGAGUUCUCUCCAAGGAGACUUCUCUGGCGGGGAGGAGGAGGAGGAAGAGAAGGAGUCGCUAGAACCCUGGAUUAGUGCUGGGACCCUUCCCCUUGGUUGGAAGGAACCCAGAGCCCGUCCACCCGCCGGUCCGCCUGUCCUCCCGCUCGCCCGGGAGGAGAGGAUCCCGGGGCGGGGGUUCUGCCCGGGCCGCCCCCCGCCGGCCGCGCCCUCCCCGCAGCCCCGGCCCGAGCAGGGGCGCUGCCAUCGGCCCCGCGUGACGUGCGCGCCGCCGCGGGAGGCCGGUCCGGGGGGCUCGGCCGCCUUAUUAGCCCCGACCCGGAGCCGGCCCGACCAGACGGCCGCUCCGGGAGCAGCAGGAGCCUGCGAGCGGCCCGCUCCUCCCGCCUCCUUCGCCAGCCUCCUCCCCUUCGGCUCCUCCCGCCCCCACCUCCGCGAGCCGCGGAGUCGCCCUCUCGCCGCCUCUCUCUCCCGCUCCCGCCCGCCCGCUCGCCGGCCGCGCUCGCUCACACGUCCCCAGCUGAGCUGCCCGGGACUCGCGCCCGCACCGCCGCGCUCACCCCAGGGGCCCGGGGUGCCGGAGAGCCGCGGCGGGAGCCCGUCGCCCCGAUCCCGGCUGCACCUUCUCGCGCCUCACGCUCGGCGAGCACCGGGUGGGAAGGUGAAGCGGCGACCGCGGCAGGGCUCCGGGGCAGCCCACAGCUUAGAUUGCAUUGCCACUGAAGCAAAGCGCACAAGACCUUUUCUUGUAUUAAUUACCCUGCAUCUUUCUCCCCCCUCUUUUAAAAAUCGCCUUUUUUUUUUUUUAAAGAAACCUAUUUUUGCGGGGUGCUUGCUCUGGGCAUUUGCUUUGCCCAGUAGUUGAAAAGUGAACUCGACUCGUGAUGGUUCUCCUGUCACUUUGGUUGAUAGCAGCCGCUCUGGUAGAGGUUAGGACUUCAGCUGAUGGACAAGCUGGUGAUGAAGAAAUGGUGCAAAUAGAUUUACCAAUAAGGAGGAAGAGAGAGUAUGAGCUGGUGACUCCAGUUAGCACAAACCUAGAAGGACAGUACCUUUCCCAUAUUCUUUCUGCAAGUCACAAAAAGAGGUCAACAAGGGACGUGUCUUCCAACUCGGAACAAUUGUUCUUCAACAUCACAGCAUUUGGUAGAGACUUUCAUCUGCGUCUCAAGCCCAACACUCAGCUUGUAGCUCCUGGAGCUGUUGUGGAAUGGCAUGAGGUGGCUCUGAAACCUGGGAAUAUAACUGAGCCCAUUAACGAUCAUCAACCAGAAGGUGCUUCUGAAAGAAUAUGGAAGACAGAACCUUUGCAAACUAACUGUGCUUAUGUUGGUGACAUCAUGGACAUUCCAGGAACCUCUGUUGCCGUUAGCAACUGUGAUGGUCUGGCUGGAAUGAUUAAAAGUGAUAAUGAUGAGUAUUUCAUUGAACCCUUGGAAAAAGGUAAGCAGAUGGAUGAAGAAAAAGGAAGAAUUCAUGUUGUCUACAAGAGAUCUGCACUAGAGCGGGCUCCCACAAACAUGUCCCAGGACUUCCACUACAUAGAGCCAGAUCUGGAAGGCCUUGAUGACCUAGGCUCUAUGUACAGCAACAUUAACCAGCAGCUGAAUGAAACGAUGCGGCGUCGCAGACAUGCAGGAGAAAAUGAUUACAACAUUGAGGUGCUGCUGGGAGUGGACGACUCUGUGGUUCGUUUUCAUGGCAAAGAGCAUGUCCAAAACUACCUCCUCACUCUAAUGAACAUUGUGAACGAAAUUUAUCAUGAUGAGUCACUUGGAGUUCAUAUAAAUGUGGUCUUGGUGCGCAUGAUAAUGCUGGGUUAUGCAAAGUCUAUAAGUCUUAUAGAAAGGGGAAACCCAUCCAGGAGCUUGGAGAAUGUGUGUCGCUGGGCUUGCCAACAGCAAAAAUCUGAUCCCAACCACUCUGAACACCAUGAUCAUGCAAUUUUCCUAACUAGGCAAGACUUUGGACCUGCAGGAAUGCAAGGAUAUGCUCCAGUUACAGGCAUGUGUCAUCCAGUGAGGAGUUGUACCCUGAAUCAUGAGGAUGGCUUUUCAUCUGCCUUUGUAGUCGCCCAUGAAACUGGCCAUGUGUUGGGGAUGGAGCAUGAUGGACAAGGCAACAGGUGUGGUGAUGAGACUGCGAUGGGCAGUGUCAUGGCACCCUUGGUGCAGGCAGCAUUUCAUCGCUACCACUGGUCCCGAUGUAGUGGCCAAGAAUUGAAAAGAUAUAUCCAUUCCUAUGAUUGUCUCCUUGAUGACCCUUUUGAACAUGACUGGCCCAAACUCCCAGAACUUCCUGGAAUCAAUUAUUCUAUGGAUGAACAAUGUCGUUUUGAUUUUGGUGUUGGUUAUAAAAUGUGUACUGCGUUUCGAACCUUUGACCCAUGCAAACAGCUUUGGUGUAGCCAUCCUGAUAACCCUUACUUUUGUAAAACUAAAAAAGGUCCCCCACUUGAUGGAACUGAAUGUGCUGCUGGAAAAUGGUGCUACAAGGGACAUUGCAUGUGGAAGAAUGCUAAUCUACAAAAACAAGAUGGCAACUGGGGAUCAUGGACCAAAUUUGGUUCCUGUUCCCGGACUUGUGGAACUGGUGUUCGUUUCAGAACACGCCAGUGCAAUAAUCCAGCGCCUAUUAAUGGUGGUCAGGAUUGUCCUGGUGUUAAUUUUGAGUACCAGCUUUGUAAUACAGAAGAAUGCCAAAAACACUUUGAGGACUUCAGAGCCCAGCAGUGCCAGCAGCGCAACUCCCACUUUGAAUACCAGAAUACCAAACACCACUGGUUGCCAUAUGAACACCCAGACGCCAAAAAAAGAUGCCACCUCUACUGUCAAUCCAAAGAAACUGGAGAUACUGCUUAUAUGAGGCAGCUGGUGCAUGAUGGGACACGCUGCUCCUACAAAGAUCCCUACAGCAUAUGUGUUCGAGGGGAGUGUGUGAAAGUGGGCUGUGAUAAAGAAAUCGGUUCUAACAAGGUCGAGGAUAAGUGUGGUGUCUGUGGAGGAGAUAAUUCCCAUUGUCGAACUGUAAAGGGGACAUUCACCAGGACACCCAGAAAGCUUGGGUACCUUAAGAUGUUUGAUAUUCCCCCUGGUGCUAGAUAUGUGUUAGUCCAAGAAGACGAGGCUUCUCCUCAUAUUCUUGCUAUUAAAAACCAGGCUACAGGCCACUAUAUUUUAAAUGGCAAAGGGGAAGAAGCCAAGUCUCGGACCUUCAUAGAUCUUGGUGUGGAGUGGGAUUAUAACAUUGAGGAUGACAUUGAGACUCUUCACACUGAUGGACCUUUACAUGAUCCUGUUAUUGUGUUGAUCAUACCUCACGAGAACAAUACCCGGUCCAGCCUGACCUAUAAGUACAUCAUCCAUGAAGACUCCGCACCGACAAUCAGCAGCAAUAAUGUCAUUCAGGAAGAAUUAGACACUUUCGAAUGGGCUUUGAAAAGCUGGUCUCAGUGUUCCAAACCUUGUGGUGGAGGUUUCCAGUAUACUAAGUAUGGAUGCCGCAGGAAAAACUACAAUAAAAUGGUUCAUCGCAGCUUUUGUGAGGCCAACAAAAAGCCGAAACCUAUUAGAAGAAUGUGCAAUAUUCAAGAGUGUACUCAUCCACUCUGGGUAGCAGAAGAGUGGGAAUACUGCACGAAAACCUGCGGGAACUCUGGCUAUCAGCUGCGGACCGUCCGCUGCCUUCAGCCUCUCCUGGACGGCACCAACCACUCUGUGCACAGCAAGUACUGUGUGGGGGACCGCCCGGAGAACCGCCGGCCCUGCAACAGAGUGCCCUGCCCUGCCCAGUGGAAAACGGGGCCGUGGAAUGAGUGUUCUGUCACCUGUGGCGAAGGGACUGAGGUGCGGCAGGUCCUGUGCAGGGCCGGAGACCUCUGCGAGGGUGAAAAGCCGGAGUCAGUGAGAGCCUGCCAGUUGCCUCCCUGCCAUGAUGAACCAUGCCUGGGAGACAAGUCCAUAUUCUGUCAAAUGGAGGUGCUGGCACGAUACUGUUCCAUCCCGGGUUAUAACAAGCUCUGCUGUGAGUCAUGUAGCAAACGCAACAGCACGCUGCCACCACCCUACCUUCCAGAAGCUGCUGAAACUCACGUUGAUGCUGUCUUCAACCCAAGUGACCUCCCUGGGUCUCUUGUAAUGCCUACAUCUCUCAUCCCUGACCAUUCACAGACCCCUGGUGGGAAGAAGAAAUCUCUGAGUAGGAUCUCUUCAGUGGGAGGUCCCAAAGCAUAUGCUGCUUUCAAGUCAAGUAGUAAACCUGUCGGUGCUAACUUAGCCCAGAGGAGCGCUCUGCAAGCAGGAAGUAAGACUCCAAAACUGGUCUCCCCACCCACCAAGAGCAGCCACCUCAACUCAUCCUCACAGAUGACUACUACCCCCUUCCUAGAAGUCAGAGAUUCCAUUGGUGCUUCUUCUCAGGUGAGAACCUCAAAGAAAGGUGAAAAGACUGUUGGGAAGAGACGUCUGGUAAGAUCAUCUACCUUGGAAAGAUGAGAAAGUGAACCUGCAAUCUGGCUAGAGAUCAGAUGAAGAUCUAGACACCCUCCUUCUCCCUGUGGUGCAUACAGCUCGGGUAAAGUGAAAAAUUUCCAUAGAUCAUCCACUCAUUUCUCCGUUAAGUGGAAGAACAAAAAGUGCUGGUUCACUUUCUAGUUGCUUUUGUCCUCCUUUUCUGCAUUGACUCAUUUCCCCAGAAUUCACUGGAAGAAAGCACCAAAGAUGACUGACAGAAGGAAAGUAAGUUGCUAAGUGUGUUGGUUUCUCUCUAAAGGAGAAAAGGGCUGGAAACCGCAUAUCUUCUGGGGUUUGUCCCCCCUUCCCCUCCAUUGGUUUGUUUUAGAAAGGUCACAUUAGAAAUUAAAUAAAAAGGGGUGACAAUGGUUUACACUUUAACAAAAAGUUUUAAAAUGGAACAAAAUUUUCCUUAGACUUGUAUUCAUAUUUAUCUAUAUUAGAACUAUUGUAUGAGCAAAUUUUCAGCUGUUGUGUAAAUACUGUAUAUUGCAGAAAUCAGUAUUAUUUUAAGAGAUGUCUUCUCAAAUGAUUGUUUACUAUGUUACAUUUCUGGAUGUUCUAGGUGCCUGUCAUUGAGUACUGCCUUGACAGUACUCAAGUUGACACUCUGUGGUUUGAUUUUUCAAAGCAGAAUAUUACAAAGAAGACUAUAUAUUUCCAGCUAUUGGCAGUAACAAGUGUUUUGCUGUGCCGUUUAACCAAUAAUGUAAUAACUAAAUUUUAGAAGAAGAAAAAAAGAAGAAGAAGAAAUAUACUGCAGACAUACAGAUUCCAGCUUACCUGUGAUCUCAUAUACUUUAAAUAGAAGGAAUCAGAUUGAUGUCCAAGUAUACCUAGUAUCUAUUUAAUAUACUCUGAUCAUAGGGAAAAAGACCAAUAAUAAGUCCGUGCAAGACCAAACUAAAACCUUCUUAUGAGGACUUCAGUAGGCAUGGUUGAAGUACCCCAUGUUGUUGUUUUUUCCCCAUUGUUAACAUAUACAAGCAGGUAUACUCAAUGCACUGUACAAAUGGCAGAAGGGAAAAUGGUUUGAGGUCAUUUUUACAUUGAUAACUGAGAAUAACAUCACUGAAGUAGAAAAAUUGAUACUGUAGUGUCAAUUAGGGCCUAGGAGCUAUGGAAGGGAGUCUGAGAAAGCGUUUGCCAAUGGUUGCAGUAUUUAUUUUCCGCAUGGUUCAUACCCACAUGUUCAGAACCACAAUGCAUCUGACUGCAAUAAUGUCGCUAGUAUUUAUGUUCAGUAGUCACCUUGCUCACAGUGAAGCCAGAAAUGCUCUCUCCAGGGAGUAGAUGUAAAGUACUUGUAUAUAGAAUUCAGAACUGAAGAUAUUUAUUAAAAGUUGAUUUUUUUCUUGAUAGUAUUUUUAUGUACUAAAUAUUUACACUAAUAUCAAUAGCAUAUUUUGGUAAACUAGAGUCAUCGUUAGAGCUGCAUGCUUUGUUCUGUGCAUAGAAGAGGAAAUUAAUCAAAGUAUAGCAGCCAAAUUAAGUAGCUAAAUUUAACAAAGUUGAUAUUAUGCAGACCUUUUGCAUUUUUUUAGAGUAGUUAAUGCAAAGUUGAUGACUUGUUCCCCUUCAACAAAAUGUAAAAUUGCCCCAACUCUCAUAGCUAGUGUUGAAUGAAAUAGUGAGUUAGAAACAUUUUUUAAAAAUAUAUAUGUAAAAGAGAUAAGUACUUCAUGAAUUACAGUGACAAAAGAAAGAUGAGUGUCACCAGCAUAAUAUUUUGGAGGUCAGUCUCUGAACUAUAUAAAAUAUAUAUUAUGCUAAAAUCUAGACACGUUAGCUUCUCAAAGACAUAAUGUGCAAAAGGAUAUUUGCAUUUUAAACAUGGUAAAGGAACAGCUUCACGUAUUGACUCUAUACCUCUAAAAAAAAAAAACCGCUGCUACUUUGUGUAAGAUAUUCAAAAGUAAAAUAAAUUUGAAUGGCUCUAGAUCAUGAGACAAAUCCUUGGCCUCAAUAGAAAUCAUCUUUCCCUCGACUAAAAUUCUCUCUAGUUUUCUUGCAUGUACAAAUGUCUGGGAAUAUACAGCGAAUUGGUCUCACACAUCCAUCUCCCAUCAGAUUGUACAUAUUCGUUAUACGUCUGAGCUUUGAGCUUCUUUUUUCUACUAAGCUAAACAUUUCUUCUUAUCGAAGUGUACACUACUGAUGCUGUUUGUUGUAUUGGGAGCACGUAGCAAUAAAAAUGUUAAUAAAAUGCA